AUGGUGAUGAUUAACAAUCUUACUGAAACCCAAGUCACAGAAUUUAUUCUUCUUGGACUGCCAUACCUGCAGGAACAUCAGCUUGAACCAUUUUUAAUUUUUUUGGCUCUUUACUUGGUAACACUUCUUGGAAACUCUUCAUUGCUUGUUGCAUUAGUGACAGAUAAGAAACUGCACAAACCCAUGUACUUUUAUAUUGGUAUACUGGCUAUACUAGAUAUGCUAUUCACAACAGUGACAAUUCCAAAAAUGUUGUCAAUAUUUCUUAUUAAAGCCAACACUAUCUCCUUUAAUGGAUGCUUUUUGCAGAUGUUUAUCUAUUAUUGUACAGCAGGCAUUGAAUCUUUUCUUCUUGUGGUAAUGGCAUAUGAUCGAUAUUUAGCAAUCUGUGAUCCAUUGCACUAUACCUCUGUUAUGAAUAGGAGAUUUUGCAUUCACGUAACAGUAGGGAGUUCUGUUUUAUCUUGCAUGCUUAUAGGGUCCAUUGUUAUUUUUACUGCAACAUGUUCAUUCUGUGGCCCAAAUAAAGUUAAUAAUUUAUUUUGCGAUCAUUAUUUUGUGGUAAAACUGAUUUGUGAAGAUACAAUUAUGAUUACAUUGUGGGUAACAUUUAUUACUUUCCUAACAAUAUGCAUGCCUUUUAUUUUAGUUUUGGUAUCAUACAUGAAAAUCCUCAAGUCUGUGAUUAAGCUUAAUUUUCCAGAAGGAAGGAAGAAAGCUUUCUCUACGUGCAGUUCUCAUCUGCUGGUGGUCAUCAUGUUUUAUGUAUCAAUUAUUAUUGGGUAUGCAACAUAUGAUUCCAAAGGCACUUUUGAUGAAUUCCAUGGGACAUCAUUUAUUUUCCAUGCUGUUUUAGCCCCAGCACUAAAUCCUGUUGUUUAUUCUCUGAGGAACAAGGAAGUCAAAUUAGCAAUUAAGAAAUUUGUAAUAAAUAAAACAUGA